AUGAUCCCUCUUGAAGAUGUCUCUAUGCUGGCUGUGGCAACCAUGCUGAUCUAUAUUACGCUUAGCGUGUUCACCAUUCUGAACGUCGUGACUGGUGUGUUUGUAAACACGGCCAUCGAACGUGCAAGCGCUGACAAAGAGAUUGCGUCACUCAAGACGCUCCAGAAGCGGAAUGAGCAAAUGCAAGCGCUUCAGAGCGUAUUUGAGGAGAUGAACCAAGAGAGGGGCUCGGACCAGCUGAAGGUCGAGGACAUCGAAGCAGCCGUGAAUGUGGACAAGUUAGACUCGGUUUUAGAAUCGCUUGGCAUAUCUACGGAUGAUGUGAAAACUUUGUUCAGCCUGAUCGACACGGAUGGCAGUGGAGCGAUAGACCUGCAAGAGUUCGUGUCGGGAUGUAUGCAACUGCAUGGCCCAGCGCGCAGUAUGCAACUGGCGAAGAUGGGCUAUGAGAACAAGCGCAUCGCAGCAUCCUUGAAAAAGCUCUUGAGCCAGGUCAAGGACAUGCAGCGGAAGAUGAACGCAAUCAUCUCAGUACGUACAGCUGUGCCGAUUACGGCGGUGCCCGCGCACGAAGACGUCAUGUACAUUUAG